CCGGCUGAGGUCACUCCGUCGCGACGUACCUCGUCAAUCACCAGCACCGGUCUCGAUAAUCUCAGGAGUUCUCCAGUCAACGAAGACAUUUCGAACCGCAUUCGAUCCCUCUUGCUCUCUCGAAACACUCAUCGCCCACCACGAACCCCAUUUUCAUCCGACGACCACUUCCACUCCUUCUCUGACGACCCUGAUGCUGUUGAUGCCUUUGAUUUUGGCUCUACACAAAGUGUAGCUAAAUCCGCUCUUCACGAGGCGAGAGAAUCCACCCGAUCUUUACCGGAAGCAAGCGUGGCUUUCAUCCAAAGCACCAUCCCCAUUAUGGACGGUGGCACAUCCCGCAGGCCUACCGACCCUACACUACGUCCUUCAAGCUCCGAGGCUGACAUAUCAACUGCUAUCGACGACGCAGAGCAAUGUGAUUGCUGCCCUCUGCAUUCCCACAAGGUGUCUAUAGGGUCAGAGGAGCCCAAGGAAACCCCAAAGAAAUUCAAGUUUCCUCGACUGAUUCUGCAAAACAAAAGGAAGCAGGAUUAUUCAAUCAAAACUUGCUUCGAGACCAGUCCCGAGGUACCCAAUCAAGUUAGACGCACACAGUCUACGUCUCUCCUCGGACAAAGCAUACAUCUACAGCAGGAUCUCAAAAUAAUAACUGAUGGACUCGCUGGGGAUGUUUCCAAGCUUGAUGGUGCCAGAACCAGGUUCCAAGACUUCUCUAGACAUGCCACUCUCCAGCAAGUCACGAGUUUUUCAAUCAUCGAAGCUGUAGCUGUCGACACAAAACCGACCCUGGCUGAGACCAGUCCUCAGCCUCGUGACAACCCCGCUCCCCAGAGUCUACGCACUUCAUCUUCAACUUCAAUCUCGGCAACUAAGAAGGAUGGGACUAGUACAACUGAAGACCUAGAACAAGCUCCGUCCUCGCAGAAAAGAAAGAUGAGCGAAGUCAGCACAGACCAUAGUCCAGAUUCAACAGAUCUAUUGAUAAUUCAAGCUUUGCCUUCCACCAUUGCUGGUGACCCGGCGAAUCUCAAGGCCGUCAUCGAGUUCGUUGACACCGUGCCAAGACUUGAGCAAGAUACGGCCUCUGAUGCACAUCGAAAUCCCGUCGCUGAGUCUUUGUCCGAGGCCGCUCGGACGGCGAACGACUAUCUCCAGCAAUCCGCAAUGUGGAAGAACGAACCUUCAAUCUCACCCCGACCCACCGAAUCAAUUAUUGAAUCUCCUGGAUUAUCAGCGAGUAACAGCUCAGCAGAUCCUCAAAGAAAUCCUAGGGAUGAGCUCUCAAGUAAGCCGCAAAGGAGCACUCAUCCUAAGCGAGACAGGGCUUCUAAUACCAAUAACGGACGAUAUGGCAACAUCGGCAGUAAUGCAUCCAACUUCGAAACCCAUGCGGAUUUGAGCAUGAUAUCACAAUCACUAUCACCCAACAAAUUGAAAACAUUCCCUCUUGGUGAACAAGAACCGGAGAAAGAAAAAACCAGGUUCAAGUAUUCAGCUUCCUGGAAGUCACCUCGGUAUCAUGCAAUACCCACUCGCAAAUCUUCGAGGAAUCGUAUCUUGGUCUCCAAGACCAGUGAUACGAAUUCGUCUCAAAAGCUGUCUACAAAGAACACUGUUUCCCGUAAACGCUCAUAUGGUCAGCUUAGUCCCCUACGUUCUAUAUCAUCUGCUAGCUUACUGGAAGCCCCUGGAGCGGGUUCCAAAGCACAAGACGAGAACAACCCAAGUCUCAAGAGCACAGUCCAUUGGCUCAAGGAUUUGUUAUUGAAUGAUGAACCUUAUCAGUGUCGGUUGACAGCUCUACCACCGAGAUCUCGAAGAGAUGAAAACACAGAAACAGGACGUAUCAGGUCUCAAACAGCGCCAGAGAAGCCAGUACCUGAGUUGUUCCUUGGGUCGUUCCCGACAGCAGAUGAAGAACACGAUGGGUCAAAAGCUGAGAUGACCACAAAUGCUUCAGAAGCUUUCACAAAAACAAUCGACGAUCUUGAGAAUCUCCUUAGUGAGGCACUUAUCAUCGCCCGCCAAGCCGCUGACAGGGAAAACACUACAAAAGUGCCAGGUAUCUUAGAGGACGCGGUAAAGAUGCUAAGAGGUCAAAGAAAAGGAUUCUCCGAAGGAUCCAGUGUCCCCAGUGUUCAUGAGAGCCUGAGGCGCUAUUCUGAAUCAAGUACUUCUGAUCUUAGCGACAACUUUGAGGCAACGCAUCGGGAGCAGCAAGAAUUUGAGGAUAAACAAGGUGUAGAUCGUGCUAGGAGUCUCUCCGUUUCCUCAAACCCCACCGGGACAGAUCGCCCCUCCGGAUGGCCACCCACAGGCCGGGUAUCUACUCCAUAUCCGCCAAAUUCUCUGCCUGAUUCCAAAGAGUCUAUCUCAUUAGAUGUUCCUCUCGCUAAGAGCAACAGCAAUUACAGGAGCGAUAAUAUCCAAGUGGGCGGCGAUCUCGGAUCUGAGCCUACGGAAACUGAUCCUCCUCCAGAGCGAACUUUUAUGAAACGAUCCUCUGGUGGUCCUGAUAUGCAGCGAGUAUCGGCAAACUAUGCUACGUUUGAGCCCGGAACCCCUGUGGGCAAUGUAAAUAAGCGCGAGCUUUUUGCAAACCCUCUAGAACGCGUCACUUCAGCCAGGAAACCCCAAAGUCCUCUAUCACUUACUGGCUGUUCUAUCAUAGACGUCUGCCAAAGGAGCCACUCAAAGGCUGAGCAUGAGACAAUCAAAGCGAGGCUGUUGGAAAGGUUUGUACCUAACAGGCGAGAGGUACGUUCACAUAUCGACACUUUCCGUCGUUUACCAAUUCAACCACGAGCAAGCUCUCUGGCUUUGAGAAAACGAGCUAAAAAGGUGCAGGGAAAUCCGCAAGGAUGGCAAGAGAUCGAUCAGGAGCACCUAGAACCGCGCCCCAAAUUAAACGCCGAAGCUCCAGCACCUGAUCUAGCUGUUGAUGCGCGAAAGGUCGGCCCAGGCUCAAUUGCCUCUUAUGCCCACAGCUUUGAUGGAACCCUGUCAAAUGGCGAGGAGAUUGAUUUCUCGACUGGGUAUGGCGCUCGCGAGCACAGCGCAGGCAAGCAUAACGAAGGUCAAGUCACAGAGGCUAUCGAACUGAGAGAUAGGCCAGAUCCCGACUUGCCCCAAACAGAUACGCCCAGACACCGCUACAAAGAUCUCCACGAUCUUCGUGGGAAAUCUCACGUCAGUCUCCGGGAGCAGAAAGGAUUUAGUUUAGCUAGGUCCCACAGGAGGCCGACAAUUGCUCGUGAUUGGUCAACCGCCCGAAAACGAUUCUCUGCUGCUGUGGCAUGUAUCAGUACAGCACUUGUGGGAAUUAUUAUCGGGAUCUACGCUGGAGAGGUUCCUGCAAUUCAGUACUACAUUGUAGACUUCCAUCACUAUACCGUUCUGGGGAAUGUGUUCUUCCUCAUCGCUUUAGCUAUCCCCACUUUCUUCUUCUGGCCACUUCCUCUUCUUCAUGGCCGAAAGCCAUAUAUACUUGGCGCCAUGUCGCUUGCAAUGCCCUUGCUGUUCCCGCAAGCAAUUGCGGUUGGCCAGUUUCGGUCGCCAUAUGUUUACAGGUGGCGUGUCGGGUUGAUACUCUCCCGAGCACUGAUGGGGUUCUGUCUCGGGUUCGCUGAUAUGAACUUCAAGUCAACACUUACGGAUCUUUUUGGAGCGUCGCUACAAAGUGCGAAACCGCACCAGGAAGUUGUCGAUGAAUUUGAUGUGAGACGUCAUGGUGGUGGGAUGGGAAUUUGGCUAGGGCUGUGGACAUGGUCUGCAAUGGGGUCCAUUGGUGUCGGCUUCAUGGUCGGGGCCGUGAUAAUCAAUACAUUGGACCCGACGUGGGGUUUCUAUAUCAGCAUUAUCAUCAUUGCUCUUGUUUUGCUUCUCAACAUCCUCACGCCAGAAGUCCGACGCUCGGCAUACCGGAGGUCAGUCACUGAAGUAAAGAAUGGAACCGAUGUUUCGCGCAGACUAGCAAGAGGUGAAGUCAAGAUGCAUAUGGCACAGACAGGACCCAAGUGGUGGGGCGAGGAGUUUCAUGCAGGUGUAGUGCUGUCCCUAAAAAUGCUUCAUCAACCUGGUUUCCUUGUCAUGUCUUUGUAUGUUGCUUGGAUGUAUGCACAAAUCGUAUUGAUCAUUUUGCUACUUGGCUCGUUGAUGUCCAAAUACUACAGGCUUAAAUCCCCCUUAGUUGGCUUGGCUGUUACUUCUGUUCCGGUUGGGGCGAUGCUCGCCAUCCCCUUUCAGAGCGGAUCACUAUUCAGUCGCUCACGAAAACAUGGAACUACAGACGAUGAUACGUUCGACAAGAGGGUCUACUGGUCUUCCCACUUAGUUCGUCGUGCGAUUUUCAUCUUGGUACUUCCGUUUGCCGGAUUGGCGUACACGCUCUCGUCCAACGGGCCACCAAUUCCAAUCGCUCUACCAAUCAUAUUUGCGGCUCUCAUAGGCUUCCUAUCCAAUCUCGCCAUGGCUGAAUGCCAUGGCAUCAUCAUGGAAACUUUCGAUACCUCAGAUCUUCAGCCAGGCAUGACAGGUCGUCCACGGGGCAAAUCAGCUGACAUGACUGCGAGUAAACGGACCAACUAUUCGUCCUUCCCUCGAGUAGCCGCUGCAUUUGCGAUCACACAAGGCCUUGGAUACUUGCUGGCAGCGGUGGCUACGGGUGUGGGCGGUGUCGCAGAGCGACAACUUGGUGCCCAAGCUGCAACAGGUGUCAUGGCCGGAAUCCUGCUGGUACUCUCAAUUUUACUUUUAGGUGUCCUUACUCGUUUCAAAGAAGUGCAAAUUGUUCCCGACUCUAAGUCUGAGGAAAUGAGUCAAUGGCGAGUUGCACGUCGAGUAUCUGCUGCCAGAGCAGCAGAGGGGCUUGUCGACCAAGAAGAGCCCUGGCGACCAGUCAUCAUUGGCAAUCCGACCCAUUCUACAAGACGAAUGUGCUUGCUCGAGAUGGGAGGACUCAGUCGGUGGAGCGAGAUCCGUCAGAAGAACCGUUUAAUUGACGAGCAGAGUUUGGAAGCAAGACAUCCGAAUUUACUAGCUCUGGAGAAUGCACGGGACAGGCUCAAAGAGACCGAGGUUCAAGUCAGGCACAAUGUACGGAGGAAUUUAAGCCGUGGAAAUAGCAGAGAAAGCCGGAGAAGCGAUAAGGGGGGCAGCCAAUCAGAAAGUGGUGAUCUUGGUGGUCAUCGUGAGAUGUUGUCGUCGGCGGGAAAGGGAGACAGACGGCGCAAGUCCACAAUACAAGAGUAA